GAGUCGCGGUCUCCCCCGCGCGUCUUAACUUCUCUUCUUCAACUUGUACGCGCCUCUUCUCUCUCCCUCUCUCUCUCUCUGCCUCUCUCUCUCUACGCGCGAUGUUCGGUCGCCGGACACCAAACGCCGACGUACGUUCGACGCCGGACCGGUUCCCGCCGCCCUCCCCGAGCUCCACCUACUCCGCCACCCCCUCCACCGUCUCCAGCAAGUCGGGAUCCGGCAGCAACCGCGUCGGGGCUGCCGUCCGGUCGAUCGCCGGCGCCUUCUCCGGCUGCUUCAUGCCGCCGGAGCCCGACGGCUCCAAGAGCUACGGAGUCUCCGAUGAGCUGAGAGCUCGUUCAGCGGCGUCAAACGCAUCGAGAAGUGGCAGCGAGAGAAGCCGCGGUUCGACUCGCGGGAUAUAUACGAGUUCGUAUAAUUCGACGCACGAUAGGGAGCCUGGAAGCGUGACAUUCACGAUGGAAGAAUUACUUGCAGCCACCAGGAAUUUUUCCCCCUCAUUCAAGAUUGGGCAGGGUGGUUUUGGGACAGUCUACAAGGGCAGACUUGCGGACGGAACAGUUGUCGCCGUGAAGCGCGCUAAAAAGAGUGUGUAUGAUAAGCAUUUGGGUGUGGAGUUUCAAAGCGAAAUUCGCACGCUGGCACGGGUGGAACAUUUGAAUUUGGUCAAGUUCUAUGGAUACUUGGAGCAUGAAGAUGAAAGAAUCGUUGUGGUGGAGUACGUUCCAAAUGGAACCCUGAGGGAACAUUUGGAUUGUAUGCACGGUAGCAUUCUUGACCUCGCUGGAAGGCUAGAUAUUGCUAUCGACGUAGCUCAUGCCGUAACCUACCUUCAUAUGUAUACAGAUCAUCCGAUUAUUCACAGGGACAUAAAGUCCUCCAAUAUUCUUCUCACUGAAAACUUUCGAGCAAAGGUAGCGGACUUUGGUUUUGCUAGACUUGCAGCUGACAGCAAUUCUGGUGAAACUCAUGUUUCGACUCAAGUAAAAGGAACGGCAGGCUACUUAGAUCCAGAGUACCUAAGAACCUAUCAGCUUACGGAGAAGAGCGAUGUAUACUCAUUUGGAGUGCUAUUGGUGGAACUGAUCACCGGAAGGCGUCCGAUCGAACCAAAACGCGAACUUAAAGAACGGAUAACUGCACGAUGGGCCAUGAAGAAAUUCACCGAGGGAGAUGCCAUAUCAACCCUGGACCCUAGGCUUGAAAGAAGCGAUCCGACUAACUUUGCCCUGGAAAAGAUUCUCGAGCUGGCUUUGCAGUGCCUGGCUCCGAACAGGCGGAGUAGGCCAAGCAUGAGGAGAUGCGCAGAGAUCCUGUGGGGCGUGCGCAAAGAUUACCGAGAACUUUCACCACAGGACUUCCGUUCGUCGUCUCGUUCCGAAAGGAGCUCUUUAGCGCGGGAAGAAUAAUGGCAUAUGUCAUCGCAUUCUUCACUGCGAUUGAUAUUGCUCAGAGCUGUUUUUCGCUCAAACCAGAGGGAAUCCUUUGUUUUUACAAUACCAUCCGAUGGCGCAGCUAGAUAACCGUGGAAUUGGGAGCAGCUUUGAAGAACCAAUUGAUACUGGUCAAGCAUAAGGUAAAUAAUUAGGAGGAAGCCAAUCGUUGUUGAUUUCUACAAAAUUAUUUUGGGUGGUUAGCCAUUAAAGGAAACCUGGUUCAAACCUGCUUUUUACAGGCCUUGUGUAUCAUAUGGAGGUGCGCUUUGUUUCCUCCCGAUUUUAUGGUUCUGCGAUUUUCAUCUUAUUAUAUAUAUAGAGAACUGUAGUAUGCUUUCCA